UGAAGAUUUGACGUUAAUGUCAGACAUCACUGCCAUUGGGCAGAAUGAAAAAGACCGGGUCAGGUGAUUCCUGGGGAGGCCGGCGAUUCAUUGAGUCGGCUACAGUAAGGGACAGCACGCCCAGUCCCGGAUGCUCGGCGCUGUGAUAAAUAUUGAUAGUUUAAGGUCUCUCGUCGUGUGGUGGUGGGGGUGAUUUCAGUACCCUUGGUGGGGACAGCUCCUCUCUCCUGCCCACGCGUGCUCCAUGAGAUUAUUAACCACACAGUCAAGCACCUGCUCUGAAGUCGGCGUUAUACUGACAGCGUUUUAACGAGCAGCGAGAGAGGACAGUGGUAAGCUUUGCACAUCUCGGAGGUUUGUUUAAAAGGUGAUCAGUUGCAUGCCGAAUUGCCGCUCUACAUUACUAGAGGCGAUCAUCGAGCGAUGGCGGAGUGCGGGAGAAAGGCGCUGUCACUUCUAGAAGCGGCCCGUUCUCGCUACGAGAGCUUGCAGAUUUCUGACGAUGUGUUCGGGGAGUCGGGCGACGACAGCAGCGACAACCCUUUCUACAGCACCUCGGCUGAUUCGAAUUCGGAUAACUAUACCGCAGACACCAACGCGGACCAUGUCCGGGCAGGUGAUACAGGGAGUAGUCAGAACUGCGGUCCUCCCGGCUCCCUUUCCAGCACGCAAGCGGAGGAGGAAGGAUGGAGCGACGUGCUGCAAGACAUACGCUUGCCCUCCUAUAAGGACACACAUGGUCCCACUCAAAGGAUCCCAGCCAAUGCCACUGCCAUGGAUUUCUUCCAGCUGUUCGUGCCCGACAAUGUCAUCCAGAACAUGGUGACCCAGACCAACAUGUAUGCCAAGAAGUACCAGGAGCGCUUCGGCAGUGAUGAGGGCUGGACAGGCGUGACGCUGGCCGAGAUGAAGGCCUUCCUGGGCUUCAUGACGUCCACCAGUGUGAGCCGCUGCGAGUCGGUGCUCAGCAUCUGGAGCACGGGCUUCUUCAGCAACCGCAGCAUCGCGCUCAAGAUGAGCCAGGGGCGCUUUGAGAAGAUCCUCAAGUACUUCCACAUUGUGGCCUUCCGCUCCAGCCACGGGAGUAGCCAAGGCCUCUACAAGAUCCAGCCCUUCCUGGACUCACUGCAGCAGUCCUUCGGGUGUUCCUUCCGCCCCUCCCAGACACAGGUGCUCCACGAGCCUCUGAUCGAUGAGGAUCCCGUCUUCAUCACCACCUGCACUGAGCGGGAGCUCCGCAAGAGGAAGAAGCGAAAGUUCAGCCUGUGGGUACGCCAGUGCACGUCCACCGGCUUCAUCUGCCAGAUUUAUGUCCAUCUGAAAGAGGGCCCUGGGCCAGACGGUUUGGACACUCUGAAGAACAAGCCUCAGCUCCACAGUCUGGUUGCCAAGCAGCUGUGUCAGAGUCUGGCGGGCCGCAACUCCAUCAUCUUCACUGGACCCAGCAUCACCAGUCUCAACCUCUUUCAGGACUUUGAGAAACAGGAGAUCUACUGCUGUGGCUUACUGAGCACCAAGAAGAGUGACUGCACAGGGCUGCCCCAGUCCAUGCUGAUCAACACAGAGGGUGCCCAGCCCCGAGGCCAGUCCUGCACCAUGAUGAAGGGCAACAUGUCCCUCAUCAGCUGGUACAACAAGGGCAACUUCAGGUUCCUCACCAACGCAUACUCGCCCACAAAACAAGGGGUAAUUAUCAAGAGGAAAAGUGGGGAGAUCCCGUGUCCACUCGCAGUGGAGGCCUUCGCUGCACACCUGAGCUACAUCUGCAAAUACGACGACAAGUACAGCAAGUACUUUAUCUUCCACAAACCUAACAAGACCUGGCAGCAGGUGUUCUGGCUGACCAUAAGCAUUGCCAUAAACAAUGCCUACAUCCUGUACAAGAUGUCUGACGCGUACCACGUGAAACGCUACAGCAGGGCACAGUUUGGUGAGAGGCUGGUCAGGGAACUCCUGGACUUGGACGACUGUUCACCUACGCAGUAGAAGUGACCACCUUCCUAUCUCUCUCUCUCACACACACACACACACACACACUCACACACACACACACACACACACACACACACACACUUACACACACACACACACUGUCACACACCAACAUACAGCAUAUGCAUACACUCAUUUAACUUCACCACGACACUACAAGUCUAAACUAAAUGUUUGCGUCCCUCUACUCACUUACUUUGUGAUUGUCAUCAGUCGUUUAACGCAACCCGCGCCAAGUCUGGAUGGCAUAGACGGGUGACAGACUGACCACAGAUCAGGAACGGAGGCUCUGUACCAAGACCCCUCUGGCAGUGCACAUAGUGCACUGCAUCUCACGUGUCACGUCACAACUUUAAUGUCACAGACUGCAUGCUAAAGCUAAAACCCUCCUUCAUGCGUGCUGUACCAUGUGCCCUUGUUAACGUGCAAUGAUCGUUUCAAAAAGUGGAGUCCUGUGGUGUUAGCUAAUUACUCGCACUGUAGCUGUGAAGAGGAGAACAGGAGAGAGAAAAAAAGAACAGCCUUCAGUGACUGCCCUCCCUCUGUGAAUAGUAAUAUGAUCCCCCACAGUAGAAAACCCCUCCUCUUCAUCCAGUAUGCAUAAUAAUGUGUACGCACUGAUUAUGAAUCAAAGAGGCACCACUCAGAGUAAAAAGGAAAGACCCGUGCUCGUACAGCAGUUGCCUCUGGUCUUUAUACAUACAGUUGCAAGGUAGGGGAGAAGAUAGGCGUAGGACACCACAGCGCAGGGUGUUGCGUCUCUUUCACUGGUAAAUGUCUACCAGGGUUAAAUCUUGAUGCUGGACACUUGUGUGCGCUUGACUACUUUAUCUUCAGGUAAUGAAUGCUGUUAUGAAAAAAAAACUCAGUGACACAUAAUAAUGUGUGCUUGAUAAGAAUGAACUACAUCCAAUUAUCAAUGCCAUCAAAACCAUCGCCUCAUCCUAAAGCCAACUCUGAAUCAUCUGAACUCCGAAGGUGAUCCUCAACUGACUAAUAGCAAUUCCCUGAAGCUUACAAAUGCUUCAACUGACACCCUAUGUGCUAUUCACCAAUAUCAUCUGAACAAGAUCUGUAUCAAAUGAAUGCACUGAAUGAGAGGCAACAGCGAAAUCAUGGAAUCAGAGAUGGAGACUGGUGUUUGAGGUCCAGACUCUAACUGACAUCUCUGUAUCAAGUCAUGACCCUCAACCUUUUCACAACCAAGGUUUACCCAAUGGGACAAGCUGAGACAGGCCCACAGUAGACAGUAUGUCCUGAAUGAGUUCUACUUUAGCUUAUUCAUGGAAGCACCUCACUGUGAAAUGGCCAUAUUUUUGUCAUCAGGAUGUAAUGGCACUUGACAGACAUACUGGAAUUUAUUUUUCUUUAAAUUCUUUUGUCCACAUUUUGUCCUGGUGUUGUUUAUCUGAGGCAAGCCACACAACAGUCAAUUCAGAUUGGUAAGGAACGUAUAAGCCCCCCACUGUCACUAAAAGACACUUGUCUGUACAGAAGUCUUGAAACAGCUCCUGACUUCAACUUACUCUAUGACAAAUCCAGCCUGAUCCGGGAACUCAGGAUCAACUUUAAUCAAUAUAGUAUCUAUUCUAAUGUUCGUGACAUAUCUGUCCCCUCUAUCGUAAGUGCUUCAGUGCAGUACUGUACGUCAGCCUUUGUACACCAGUCGAGUGAAUGUCCCAUUGCCAUGGAAACAUAAUCUCUGUACAAAAGAGUGCAAGUUACUACUGUGCCACAGCUAUGCUUAUAACUGGAUCUUCCAAAGUCUUCCCAAAGGUUCUUGUUUUGUUUCUUUUGGUCUGGCCUAAUCUUUUGAAGAUUUUUCACCAAUCAUUCAUGUUUUCCACUGUGAAAAAUAAUAGAUAUAAUAUAGAUAUUAUAAAAAUGAAAUAUAGAUAUUGAAAUAAUUAUUUUGGAGCAUAGUGAGGCUGAAAAAGACAGCUCUGUAACAGCACUUUUCCCAUUCUCCUUUUUGCACUUGGAAGCUGUUAAGUUUGAAAGCAUGACUAUGUUUACUAGCUUUAAAGUCUUUAUGAGGCAUUAAAUGUGUCUGGUAAUCUCCCAUCUCUCAUGGAGCUCUGCCCUUUAUGUAACACACACGCAACAUCUGAAUUAUUCAUGCCAUGAUGUUACUGCUGUCGAGAACGAUAAAGAUCUCCUUCACCUGGUAUCAUCAUCUCUGUAUGGUGGGUAAACCAUCCAUUGUUAUUUGUCUGUCUGAGAAAAGAUGGUUAGCUAUGAGGAGAGAGGUUGAGACUCUGUGCAGGGUUAUUUAUGUUGUGUAUGGGCAGGCCUUGCUUUUGAAAGUGAGUGGAGAGAUGCGCUGAAAGGCAACUGAGUGAGAGGGAGAAUGAAUAGAGAAGAUUUGCAAACGGUUUCUAUGGUGAUGUGUGCUUUCUAAAUGGUGAAAUGUUAUCAAUGUGUGAAAGUACAGUGAUUUAAUUAUCAUCAGUCUAACAUACUAAGGAUUUUUUCGUUAAAAAUGUUAAGCAUUAUGUGCAUUGUCAUGUCUAUAAUAUGUUGCCAUUGGUCUUAUGUGUGUAUGUUCAUUUGUGAGUUUGUGUUUGUAUCAGACCCCUUGACAGCAAUUCCUGGUAGACAACCAGAGACUACUAGUAGACAUAAUGUGCCAUGCAUGUCAUUCUCUCUCAGCAAUGUCAUGAAAUUGGAAAUGGUGUGAGUUUUUUUCAUGCCACAUGUCACAUGUCACACAUGUCAGUCAUACCAUAUCAAUACUACUUUCAGUGUCAAGCAUGUAAGGAGUAAAUCAAUAAAGAAGCAGCACCUUAAAGGAACACUUGGGGAUUCCUCAACCUGGGCCCUAUUUUUUGAUCUUUUUGUGUUAAAAAUGUUAGUAAGGACAAUUAACGAUUGAAAUCGGUCCAGUAUUGAGUUAGAAUGCUGUAAUCGGCAACUGCAAAAUAGACACAGGUAUAUCUCUGUAAGGAUCCUUUCCAUGUAGUCAGAUACCUUUAAUUACAUUAUGAGCCUGUCUGGCGGGAAAAAAGUGGUUUACUUUGACGUGGAUGCUUGCCCCAUAGGAUUACAUUGUAUAGCCGUUGUACAGUUGCCUGUGUUGGUUUUGCGUUGACAUGUGUCUGUUUGGCGGUUGUCGGUUAUAGCAUUCAAACUCAUCACUGGACCAAUUUCGAUCAUUAAUUGUCCUUCGCAAAAGUUUAGACCCAAAAACAUCUCAAAAUAUGGGCCAGGUUGAAAAGUCCCAAAGUUUCCCUUUAAGGAAAUACCUUGCCAGGCAUACUAAUGCAUUUUUGAAAGAUAUUGAAGUAGUCGGAAACAUUGCCUGAUUUUCUUUUAUCAUGCUCAGAUGGGAAGUAUUAGAGUCUUCCCAUUGUCUUGAUAAUUGAUAAUUAUGGUGUGCACUUCAAUCACUGCUACCUAAAGACAAAAGAGAACAAUGACAUCCUCUCCAUCAUUACUCUCAGCUCCUUUGAAAUGUCUGGCCCAGGUCAAUGAUUUCCUCCUGAGCUACUUAAGUUGGAAGAGCCCAGCCAUGUUCAGUGUGGUCUCCCAGUGCCUUUCUCUGUUAUGCAUCCAACUUCACGGACAUGAUUCAUUUUCAAGAGAGUGAUGUAAAACUAAAGCGACCUUGAUAUUCUGUUUCUUGUGUAUCUGGUGAAUUAUAUGGUGUGCAUUAGAGAUACUGGGUAGUGGUUGAUAAAUAAAAAAUAAGGCAGAUUGCAGUGGCCACAGCAAUGAACACCUUGUUCUUGUACAUUAUGCACUGCACGUCCUUUGUGGCCCUGACACGCUAUGAAAGUCUUGUUCUGGGAAUGAUGGGUUGCAUUUCAUCCAUUCACUGACUCUGGACUCUCAUCAUUGCUGAAUGGUUGAAUGGAGUCCUGCUCCACUACCAGACUGAAGCUCUGCAUAGAAAAUCGAUUCAGCAGCCAUUAAUGAUACAUAAUUAUUGCCGCUCGUGUGUGUUUGCUGAAACGUGUUGCCAUAAUUUCCCCUGGGAAUGACACGUUCAGCCCCGGUGGCAAGUGAAGCAGAAGGACGUUUGAAGAAUCAGUCUGAGUGUGUGGAGAUGAGUGAUGCCCACACUGCCUAAUAGUUUUCAUCACACAUCUCACACAUCCAGUUAACGUCCGCUGCUGCACACAGCCAUUGAAAACGCUCUGUUACUUACAGACCAUAAUUUCAUACAAGUGCCCACGACCUCCUGAUCAUCCCCUUAGACUGCAUGCUAUCAAUGGCAUUGACUCUCACCAACCAUUUCUCACCAAUGUCCUGGAACAUUUGUUGCAUUGGGUGAAGUUUCGUCACAUCAAAGAUGUUCCUGUGUUGUUUGGGAUUCAUGUAUUUGUUUACUUGCCAGUUUGUUUGCUUCAUUGACACUCGAGGAUGUAAAUGCCAUAUUUUGUAGCUUUAUCUUAUGUUGAUUACAGAUUUCACAUUUCUUAAAAUGUUGCCUGCAACUGUAGUGUAUAUAAAGUUAUUGUAAUUACUAGACCAUUUUCUGAAUUGAAAAUAUGUGUGAUAUGUUUAAAAAACAACUCAAAUCUUAAUCACAGUUAUUCUAUUGUGAAAUGGUGAUGUAAUUUAUUUUUGUGAACACUGUCUAUGUGAAUAACUGGAUGAAACUUUCACUUACAAUAUAAUCCCAUAUCUUGUUUUGUACAGUAAUUCCAUUUAUCAACUACACAUCAAAACAAAUGUUAGAACAGCAAUUUACUUCAAGCACUAUGUAUCAACUGUACUGCAGAUGGGAGAUUAUUGGACAGAUUGUUUCGCCUGUAAUGGUUUCUGAACUUACUUUGUUUCGUUACAAAUUAUUAUUAUUGAGAAUCAAAAUGUGUGUACUGUAAGAACUCUUGUCUUGAAUGUGUCUGAGUGUCUGAAUAGAUUGAAUUUAAUGAGGAGAACUGGGUCCUCUGUAGUACCUGCGCAAUCAUUCAUGAACACUAGUCAGCAACCAGGAUGCAGGCAUCAACAUGACCUUUACAGUUGUGUAGUAAUGAAGGAAUGCUUGAUGAAGGUGGUUGCCUCUGGUUGUUAUGAGUCCUUAUCGGAUGUGGUUCUUACGUAGAUGUUACAUGCUGUGGAUAUGGGUGGCUGUUCACAUGAAGAGGAACUAUGUUAAUGGUGUCUUUUCACUCUUCCUGCAACUGAAAGUAAACAAACUUCGCUGACCUCAGGGCUACAUCUCUGCAAUCCUGUAGUUACACAGACUACACAAACAAAUCAGCCAAGAGACGGACUUUAAGCCUCUCCAGGUGCUACUAAAUCACAGAGAGCAGAGGGUCUUUUAAUAUAGGGGACAGGCCAGGAGUGAGGAAAGUCAGAACCGUGGCUGUUUUUACACUACAAUGAGUCCUGUGGUCAGCUGAGAGAUGGGUGUGCUGGAAAAGCAAUAGAGAAUUCGGCUCCUGGUGAACAUCUGUGGUUGUUUUGUUUUGUAUUCUUGGCAAGCAUAAGAGUUCUGUACAAAAUCACAUUUCGAACGGAAAGUCUCCAUCCGUAACCCAAUUUGGUACGCAGAGGAGGUUUGCCAUUGUGUUUGAGAGAGGCAGAUCGCUGCAUAACACACUCUACGGAACGUGUCUACUGUAGGCUGGACCAAAUCUCAACCGGUAUCUAAUCACCACGCAAAGCCAGAAUUUAAUGUGACUCGAUCUGUAUCUAUUAACUUUAUAUGACAGUGCACUGUAUGGAUGUCGUGGAUGUUCUCGUGUCGACUUUAGAAUCUGCUUAGUGUCCUGCCUGUGUGUGUUUUCACUGUGGUUGAGGUUGAUUUGGAAGGGGGCAGUGUUUUGGGUGAGAGUGUGGGUUCUGUGUGUGCGCAUGUGAGUGAGUGUGUAUCUCUGUGUGUGUGUGUGUGUGUGUAAACCCGUCCUAUCGUCUGUAACCAUGUUGUUUGCUGUCUGUGAUGCUUGUGUGAACAGUGCACCACCCUGAUGUCUGAAGGCCUCCUUUAACACACAUAACACCACCCCUAUGUUGAUGUGAGUUUACACUGAUUUGCACACUUCUAAUAAAUGUGAUGACUUUUUAAAA